AUGACAGCCGUGCUAGCAUCAACGGCGACCACGAUUAGUACAAGAAGGACAUCCCAUUAUAUCAUAGACUUUGGCGAUAGAAGAGAUAGCGGAUACGAACACGGGACGACGCGAAGUCGCGCUCCGCUGAUGACUAUUGAUCCGGUGAUGUCGCAGGCGCGAGGGCGAAUGCCAAAUGGGAACGCCACGAAGAGGAACGUGAAGGGGAAUGAUGGAUAUGCAGGUGAGGGUGUGAAUGGGUGGAGUGGGAAGAGGAAGGCUGCUGAAUAUGACGAGGAUGUUGAAGGAUUCCAAUUCACUCGCGCGGCUACUACGAAGAAACCUAAACCAACUACCCUUGACGAGAAUACAGUUCCACAACCGCCAAUGGAUAACGAUACACGGCGCCAACCGAUCAGAAAACCUAAGGGGAAGGGAAGACCUCCAAAGGCAGCAGAGGCGCCGCGUGCGGUCUCAGUCGAAACCUCCAAUGGAAAACUGCCCAUCCGAUCGCAGCAACAGACGUCCAAACGUCUGGCGGGGGAGGAACAGAUGACAACAAUAACAGACCAGUCAUCGAAAUCCAGACGGAGAUCGAAUACUGCGGAACCGGCCCCGGUGACCAUGCCAAAGAAGCGGCGAACGAGUCAGCCGAAAGACUCCCAAAAGGCCCCUCAAAGAUGGGAUGGAGAACAAGAUGGUAAUACCCCCCAAACCAACACAACACAUACGCAGAAGAUUGCGCUUCCAUUUGCGGAUACACCUGUCAUUCGAAGGAAUAAGGAAAUGCGGAUGGAGAAGAGGCAGAAGGGGCAGAGGCGGAGUAGUCUUGGACUGAGGGGAAGGAGGGCGAGUUCCUUAAUCGAAUCGGGCGCAUCGAAUGCCUUACCCCACGACGAGGUCGAUACGGCGCAUUUCUAUAAACACAUUGAGAGUGAGGGAUUGUCGGAGCCCAGGCGAAUGCGACAAUUGCUUACAUGGUGCGCGACUCGGGCACUAGGGGAAAAGCUGUCUGGAUCUCGAUCCGGGGAUGAAAGCGCGAGGUUGGCUGCUCGAGUAAUACAAGAGGAACUUCUCAAAGAUUUCGCGAAUCGAUCAGAGCUUUCGGAUUGGUUUAGGCGGGAAGAAACUGCCCUCCCUGCGGUGGUGGUUAAGAAACCGAAUCCGAGAAAUAUACAGAAUGCCGACAAGAUUAAAGAGUUGGAGGAGCAGAUAAACAAACUCCAGAUAGAACGACAAACUCUCACAUCUCUCCUGCGACCACCAUCAAUCCCACGAAUAAGACCCCCCUCUACUCCAACCUCCAAUGAAUCCUCUGAAAUCCAGCAACCAUCCACAUCAACCUCAUCAUUGUCAUCGAUCUCGGAUACCCACCUUAAUACUCCUUUAGAACAGGAACUAAUAAAUUCCUCCCUUCUCGACCCAUCACAAAAAGCAAUCCUUGCCGCUCUUAAUAUUCCCACAUCCACCUCUACCUCUACCGACAAAUCCACAACAACUAUGCAAACAGACACUUCAUCCACCUCAAUAUCCGCUAUAACAUCCACUCUCUCCCGUCUAACAACCUCUCUCGUCCCAACCCUAGACUCCUUCGCGUCGGGUAUGUACGAUAUAGAGCUCUACCGCCGCGCAGCAGAUAUUGUGGCAGGACAAGUUCUCACGAUCUGCGCCCGUCGGUUAGAGGAGCGUGAUCAGUUGAGACCAGGCCGAGGUAAUAGGGAUGAAUUGGGGGAUAAUAUUAAUAGUAAUCGAUCUAUGAGGACUAGAAGGAAGAAGGGGAAGCAGAAAGGUAGGGAUGUGGGCGAGAUGGAAGAAGAAGGGGGUGAGGAAGAAGGGGUUAGUGGAGGUGGGAGUGGAGAUGGAAAGGCAGGCUCAAGAAUUGAGAAAGAGGAUUUGGUGGUUGUGUUGGCGGCGUUAAGCAGGAUGGAGAGUAAGUAG